AGGACCCUAGUAAAAGAACAUAAACCUCAGCAAGCACCUCAUCAAAUCACAAAACCCUUAUUAGUUGUAUCAGAAACGAUCGGAACUCAACUCCCCGGAAAAAGCAAAACCUUGCCGUGUCAUCGUAGGGACGAAGGCAGCCGCUAGAAACAUCAUACAGGAAGGUGAAAUUGGCGAAAAUCGAUGCCGAUUACCCGUCGUUGUGAAUCAUCUAAAGAGAUUUCGCUUUCCAGAGCUGCCAAAAUUUUCUCCAAUUUUGUCUCUGCUGACAAUGGUGCUUCAGGGGGCUAUGAUGUUAUUCUUGGAAAGACUUUCAAGGGUUUCAACUUGCUCAACCAGCUUCACAAGGAACUUAAACUAUCAAAAUCUCAUAGGAAGAAUCGUCAAAGCCACAUAACAGAUGAUAGUGUUGAUGUGAAAUCUGAGAAAGAGUUUCGCAAUGUUGAUGGGAAAUCGAAUCAGAUUGAUGUUAAAUUCAAUCAAGAAGUUAAUGGUUUUGAGCAACCGAAAGAGACGGAGAAAAAGAUAAGUAACAAUGCGAAGGUUGAAAACGGAGUGUCAGUUGCUCCUCGGGGUGUAGAAGUUAGGUCAAAAAAGAGGAAUGAAGCUGCGAGUGAGGUGAAAAUGCAAAGGGGCAAGAAUUCAGAAGUUGAAAAUGCAGAGGGACAAGAACAACAGAAAGAGGUAGAGAAAAAACCAAGCACCGGUGUGAACAGUGGAGGGCCGAUGGGUCCUCUGGACUUAGAAAUUAGGACAAACAAGAAAAUUGAAGCAGUGAGUGAGAGUAAACUAUAUGCUGUGGAGAAAAGGAAGAAGAGGAAGAGUCAAGAUGGUGAAGAGAGGAUUGAAAGUAGUUUGGGGGAACAUUCUAAGAAGAAAAUGAAACACUAGGGUUAGGCUUAAAUUUAGGUCUUUAUUAAAUGAACUUGAUAGUUGUUAAAUCUUUGUUAAUUUUGAUUAGUAAUUUUCACUUGAAAGGUUGCUUACAUUGUGGCAUCACUUUUAUACUAUCUUAGAAUAUAAGAGGAGUUUGCUUCUUGAUUCCUCUCCUACAUUGUUAUACUAGGGUUAUGCUUAAAUUUAUGUGUUAACUAAAUUCACUUGAUAGUUGUUAAAUAUUUUUCAAAUUUGAUGAAGAAUUUUCACUUGUAAGGUUGCUUGCAUUGUUGCAUCACUUUUUAUACUGUCAAUUAUCAUAUUACAGAAUACGAAUUUGCUUCUUGAUUCCUGUCCUACAUCGUUUGUGUUAUACUAGUGCUAUGCCUAAAUUUAUUUGAUAUUUAUUAAAUCUUUUUCGAAAUUGAUGAAGAAUUUUCACUUGUAAAGUUGUGUACAUAGCGGCUUCACUUUUUGUACUCCCAUAAUAUACAAAGAAUUUGUUUCUUGAUUUCUUUGUAGGCUUACAACUGUUAUUGCAAUGAAAUGAAAUGCUGUUUUCUAUUGAUUGCAAUCAUUAGUUAUUGGUGAUAGCCAAUGACUAAUGUAGAAAGUUUUUUGAGCAAUAGCCAAGUAUUUUGUAAACUAUGUUUCCACUCAAUUUCCAAAUUGGCAAGUAUUUUUGUAAAAUACAGUAUGCUUCUACUUCUGUUCUCUUUUGCUUCUUCCUCUGGUUCCUCUUUUGCUUAUUUCUGUCUUUUGAUGUUUUGUUUGUGCACAACACAUCCAUGGAUAAGAAUGGUUGAUAAUGAGUAAAAACUCACAAUGGAUGAAAUAUAUGCAGCAAUGGAUAAUGACAUGGAUUCAAUUAAAAAAAAAAUCAGUUUUAAUGUAGGCCGCUGUAGAUGUGGUUAGAAUCCGUGGCAUUAUCCAUUGUAAUUUGUCCAAAAAAUUAUCAAAUAGCGGUCAUACCCGCUAUAUGCUAUCUCACUUUUGGGGUUGGCCGCUACACAUCGCUAUCCGGGGUUAACUACUUUGGGUGUAACAUAGCUUAAUGAACGGUUAAAACUUUUUGCAUUGUUAGUGUAUAGUUAUUGAACUCGUGAAUGAUAUUGAUGAAGGUAAAUAUUUCAGUCUGUCUUUGCCAUGUCAUAAUACUUAUUGUUGAAACCUGACUAUUGAAAGAUGAUAAAAUAUGACUAGACGUCUAUAUAAUUUUUUUGGUACUGUUGGUGUAUAGUUUAAGCCAUGAAUGAUAUACAAUGAAAUUUAUAGUUGAAAUAUUGGAUUUUGUUUAUAUAUGUUUUGGAUGUAAAUUUAGUUUGGUUUCAUGCUGUUUAUGGUUUGAACCUGAUAAAUGAUGAUGAUGUGUUUUCUUAUUUGGAGAAAGUGAAAAACUGGUAGUUAUACUUAUAAUCAUAUUCGGAAUGUGUUUAUUGCAACAGACUAUGUUUUUAUCUCUGGCAGAAUUUCAAUGCCAUUGCUUAUGACAAGAAAGUGAUGGAUGGGGUUUAUGAUAUCUAUGGGAUCGACUCAAGUUUAAUUGAACAUGGAAAGAUGCCAUUGUUGGUGGAUCUGAAAACUGUGCCCACCUCACAAAAUUUUGAUUAUGAAAUAAUCUUGAUGAACUGCGUUGUUGAUGUUGAGCUUGAGGAAAAAACCUUUGCCUUCUUUGAACAGCGUUCUGUUUCUGAACUAGGACUGUUUUUUGAUGUUGAGCUAAGUCAGCUUGAGUAAAAAACAUUUGCCUUGUUUGAACAGUGUUCGGUUUCUGAACUAGGACUGUUUUUUUCCAGAAACUUGCUGAUGUUGUUAGUAGAAUGGGUAGACCAGUUAGUAAUGCUGCUAAAAUCAUGAAAAAGUGGGCUAUGAGGAGUCACAAAUUGCGAGAUUCCUUUAGAGCUUUUGUCCUCUUGGCUGUCUUGUUAGACUUUUGCGUCACCGAGCCCUACUUUUUAUGGUAAGAUUUUCUUAAUUUAUUUAUUAAAGAUAAUUUGCAUAUACAAUUCAGACACUUGAGAGUUGAGACAAUUGCUUUUGUUCGAUUUUUAGACAUCGUCCUGUUGUAGGUGGAAUACAUUAAAUUGUUGAGUUUUAUGUCCCAUUUGAUUUGUUCUGUUCAACUGUGGAGCGUGUAUGGUACAUAUCUUCAUAGCUGGCAAUGCUUAUCAUUUGUUGAAUGGCAACAUUCAUGUUAAAGGCAUGUUCGGAUUAGCUUAUUUGAGCUUAGCUACUGGCAUAAGUACUUUUGAGACUGUUUGGGAGAACUAAUGAAAACAACUUUAUGACAUGUUCAUAAGCCGUUUUCAGCUGAUUUCCAUAAGUUCUACAAGAAAGCUUAUGAUAACAGCUUAUAUCUUAUACAAAAAUAAUGUGACUUUAUUUUAUCUUGUGCAAAAGAAAUAUCUUAUUCAUAGUGUUUAUGCUAUAAGCUGCAAAUUAAGUCUGUUAUCCAAGCAAGGUGUAUAUUAAAAAACAAUAUACACAGCUACAAUGAACUUCCUUUAUCUCUCUCGGGCAGAGAACAUUUACUUGUAGGUUACCUUGAAUUUGAAUUUUCAAACUUGGUCACACUCACCCAAUUUAUUUGAGUUCAACUGAAGCUAGUUUCAUUCUUCUGAUGAUUAGAUAGAUACUUGCUGAUAGGAUUAAUAUUCGCUGCAUGCUUGUAAAAGGGAGCUAUUACGCAGGAACUGAUGAUGGGGCUCUGAAUUUGAUUAAGCCUCUUGCAUAGUUUGAUGACAAUUGGCAAUUCUCUUGAGUCAGAAACUCCUUAUUAUACUUUGUCGCCACAGUAGUCCAGACUCCUGAGGCAGAGAUUCCAAAAGAAAGUAAUUUGACAUUUUCCAUUUUAUAUUUCGGAUGCAUCGCAAAACUCUUCAUGUCGUUUAGAAGGAGAAUCAUUCCCCCUUUAUUAAUGAAUGUAUUAAAUUGUUAAAUACUUAAAUGAAGUAUAUGAACUUGUGGUAAAUGUGAUUAUCCGUAAGGGAAUAAUCGUUUAAUUUAUUGCAGACUAGUUGGUACA